AUGUCGCUUACUCCACUCCUAGAACCGUCCUGCAUAGAGAAAAAUACGUACGAGACUGCACACGUUUAUGAAACAGAGUGUGCCACAAGCCUAAAAGAUGAAUCUGAAUCUUUGGAAUACCAAAGAUAUAUUUAUGACUCCAACAAAAGUGGGAAUGAUAUCAGUAUUUUUGCCAAAUACCAGUCUAAACCACAGCUCUUUGGAAAAGAGGAAAGGGAAAAUGUCUCUCUUAAUAAUUUUGCUGGAAGAUUCAAAGGAGUCAUGGAGCAAUUUGAAGAAAACAAGAAAAAGAUCAAGGAAAAAUAUGAUAAUGACCUUUUAAAUGCUUUUAUUUUGAACACCAAAGAAAGUCUUCAAAAAUUGCAGUCCUCCUUCAGCAUGUUAGAAGAAAUUCUAAAAUCUGUUUUGGAUGAUUUGGGAAAUAUUUCUAAGACAAUGCAAGAAACCUCUCAGUCCCAUUAUGGACUGUUACUGAAUGCUCUUGGUGAGAAAAAUGAAAUGGGACAGGUAUUACUGGGAAUGGAGAAAAGGCUGCAAGAAAAAGACACAGAAAUCUCAGAUCUGACGUCUAGCCUACGGUUACUAAAAGAUAGCCUGGAGCAAUUUACAGUUCAGCAGAACCAGCAGCACUUGAAGAUCUGUGAACAUUUGGACCCCGUGAAGCUCUCCAAAAUUCUGGAUGACUUACAAGCAUUCAUUUGUGCGCCCAGAGAAUCUCAUCGCCUCAAGGACAGCAGCUCCCAGACUUCUCCAGAUAUUCUGUUGAACCAAUUAUCUUAUAGUUGCCACUUGAACGUUUUAAACAUCUCUCCUGCAAACAAAGACAUCUCUGAUAAAGCUGCCUCAGAAAGCAGAGAAAAGGUUGACACGCAGCGGAGGAGGCGUGUUCCAGACAGAGGCCCCAAUGCUGAGAAGACAUUUUGCUGCUCCAGUGCAGGUCUUCUUGCAAAAAGCCAAGAGAGAAACUGGUUCCUUAGUCAAGAGCCCAACGAAGCUACUCCGGUGAGGAAAGUGAUCCAGAGAAACAACCAAUCAAAAGGCCACAGUGCUACAAAACAUUCACUGCUAAGCCAUCCUGAAAUGGAGGACGGAUUCGUGCGAGACGGCGCAGGUGAUGGGCAAAGCCAGGAACUCAUUGCAGGCAAGAUGAAUAAUAAUAAAAGCAAAGGAAACAGAGUUAAACAGGGCAAGCCACGGUUGUCUAGCCAGAGGAAAAGAAUGUACCCCUCCAGGAAAGGAAAUGGUUUGAAAUAUUCCAGAACUGAUGUAAAACAAGAAACAACAGGAAAAGGACGUUCCAUUGCGGAACACUCCUGUAGAGAUCUGAGGGAAUCUGGUAGUAUUAGCUUGAGGCCUCUGGCUUUGAGUGAGAAAAAGAUAGGCAGUCUCCAGGACAGAAAGAAAAAGAAGGCUAAGCUCCUGUUCCUUUCCCAUGAAAAGCAGCAGCCCACGCCGAAUCUCAACGAGAGGACUGGCACGAAGGGCAAACAUUGUUUCUGGCCCUGCUGCUCUCCAGAAAGUUUGUUUCCCCAAACCCAGAUCAAGUGGCUAGAUCUUUUUGAUAAUUACUCCCUGAGUAAUUGCAAUACUCCUGUCCCCAAGAAUGCCACGGCCUGUUGCCAAUUGUUUUUUGACAGUGAAUAUUCUGAUUAAAUGGGGUUUGUGUAUAUCAAUAAUCUGCUAUGGAACUCCCCUUGUAAAACGUUACCCCAAAAGAACCCCUUUUGUUUAUCGUAACUAGUAAUCCCAGCAUCCUCCUGGACCUACCCCAGCCACUGUCCCUGAAAAGCUGUUUUGUGGUUGUGACAUUCUGAGAAAGACUAUAGUAAAGUAGAAAAGGGGAGCAUAUCUCAUUUAAUUUCUCCGCAGCUCUGGAGAGGGGAAGGGAAGUACAUGACUAAAGUUGAGGUUGUUUUCUUUAGUAGGUCUAUACUGGCUCUUUGCUUUUUUUGUCUCCAAAAAUUUAAUUUUGCCCACUGUUGUUAUAUACAUAAUGCCCCAAAUAAGUACUGUACAUUCUGAGCUUAUUAAUAGUAUGGGUUGUGACCAUAGGAACGAAUGUUUGAUUAAUAAUACAACAUACAGUAUCUAUUUGAUAUAUGUGUUUAUUGAACCUGUACAAUAAAUGUUCUAUGGUUUCUG